AUGGCUGCCAAAGCUACUUCAAAUGUAGCAAUCAUCUUUGGGGUCACAGGGCUGGUGGGGAAGGAGCUAGCAACUACUCUGCUUUUGCAUGGCUGGAAGGUGUACGGAGUCGCCCGUCGACCCGACGUCUCGAUGGCCACCAUCACCGCCCAUCGGAGAUACCACUUCGUGUCGUGCGACCUCUUAGACUCUCACGAGGCUCGAGACAAAUUGUCUCUAAUAAAUGAUGUGACCCACAUUUUCUGGGUCACGUGGGCUAGCAUGUUCUCUCUGGAUAGCCCUGAGUGCUAUGAGCAGAAUAGGGCGAUGAUGGCUAAUGCCCUCGUCGCCAUGCUCCCAAAGGCGGGGCGCCUUAGGCACUUUUCGCUCCAGACGGGGGUGAAACAUUACAUCUCACUACAGGGGUUAUUGGGAGGAGAAGUUGGUUGCUACAAUGAGGAAUCACCAAGGGUGAAUAUAGGCCAUAAUUUUUAUUAUGGGCUUGAGGAUUUGUUGCAAGAAAUGUUGCCCUUGUAUAAAGUGGAUUGGUCUAUUCAUAGGCCAGGGUUCAUUAUUGGUAGCUCUAGAAGAGCUUACUAUAAUUUAAUGGGUACAAUUUGUGUUUAUGGGACUAUAUGUAAGUAUCUGAACCUUCCAUUUGUGUUUGGAGGCACCAAGAUGUGUUGGGAGGAGAUGUGCAUCGAUGCCUCCGACACCCGACUCGUGGCGGAUCAGCACGUGUUCGCUGCUACCCGCCACGAGCAAGGCAAGGGGGGCUGGGCUUAUAACGCGAUAAACGGUGAAUACUAUACUUGGAAGGAAAUCUGGCCAGGUAUCGGGGCAAAGCUAGGGAUUGAAACUCCCGAAAAGUGCUCGUUUUCGGGAGAUUUCGUGUAUUCCCUAGCUAUGGAGGGUAUGGAGGGCGUUUGGAAGGAAAUUGUUGCAAAAGAGGGGCUUGUGGAGACUGAGAUGAGUGAAUUGGCAAAUUGGGAUUUCUUGGAUCAGAUGUUUCGAUGCACAUUCAAGAUGUUGUGCAGCCGCAGCAAGAUUGAUUUGAUUGGUUUCAAGAGCAGGUACCAUGUUUUGGAUUCUAUGGUUUAUUGGAUUGAUGUGAUGAGGGAAGAUAAGUUGAUUCCAUGAUCAAUGAGUCUAUCAAAUUAAGAGGUGUAAUGAUAUAUUUGUGCUACACCACUAAUUUGA